AGAAAUGGACGAUAACUUUCAACUCGGAAAUGCUGGAUCGGUGAAAAGCGGUGCAAAAACUGGAAGAAGGGCUCGACUCACUGCGGACCAGUCGUCGUUUGAGGAAGCUCGUUAUGUUAGGAAGUCCUCCACCUCUGCUUCAAUGGGAGAGGGCCCCCCUCCUAAACCAGCCCGGAGGCAGGGCGGCUGGGCAGAAGAAAGCUCUGGGUCCGGUUCUGCCAAAUCUUCAAGACGACCUGCAGCUGAGGAUCUGGAAGACCGCCGCCUGCGACCACAAACUCCCCAGGGAUCAGAUGAUGAGGGAGAUAUUCCAGUGAUUCCAGACCUCGAUGAGGUGCAGGAAGAGGAUCUCACCAUGCAAGUUGCCGCUCCACCAAGCAUUCAGGUGAACCGGGUAAUGACCUACAGAGAUCUGGACAAUGAUCUGAAGUAUUACUCUGCGUUCCAGACCCUUGAUGGAGAGAUUGACUUGAAGCUCCUCACCAAGGUUUUAGCACCAGAGCAGGAGGUGAAAGAGGAAGAUGUGAGCUGGGACUGGGAUCAUCUGUUUACAGAGGUGUCCUCAGAGCUGCUGAUGGAAUGGGAUCAAGGAGAGAGUGAGGAGCAGGCUGCAUAGCUUGUAACAUGAGUAGGAGGUUUGGACAGAGA